AGUCAGAGAGGGAAUAAUGCAGAAGUUACUGUAAAAGAAACAAAGAGAGACACAUCUGCACAGAAAAACACCACUUUAACUGCAGCCAGGCUUGUUGGGAGCUCUUUUGGCAUCAUGGCAGAGCUCAGUUUCAAUGUGGAUCACGGCUAUCUGGAGGGUCUGGUUCGAGGUAUGAAGGCCGGGAUUCUAACUCGCACUGACUAUCACAACCUGGCCCAGUGCGACACACUUGAGGACAUGAAGCUGCACCUGCAGAGUACAGAUUAUGGUAAACUGUUGUCCUCCUCUGAAGAGGACCUGACUGUGUCUCUGGUGGACAGCAAGCUGAGGGAGUACCUGGUGACUGAAUUCAGCUGCCUUCGCUCCAACGCCCUGCCUCCAUUAUCUACCUUCCUUGACUAUAUAACCUACAGCUACAUGAUCGACAAUGUGGUGAUGCUGAUCACCGGGGCCCUGAAACAGAGAGAUGUAGCAGAGCUCCUCCCGCGGUGUCACCCACUGGGAGCGUUUGACCAAAUGGCCGCAGUGGGCAUCGCUCGAACCCCGACUGAGCUCUACUCAGCCAUCCUGGUGGACACACCGCUGGCUCCCUUUUUCCAGGAUGCUGUAUCUGAGUCCAACCUGGAUGAGAUGGAAGCUGAGAUCCUCAGAAACAAACUGUAUAAGGCAUAUUUAGAGUCUUUCCACUCUUUCUGCAAGAACAUUGGUGGUGCUACAAAAGAUAUAAUGUGUCCUAUCCUGGAGUUUGAGGCAGACAGGCGGGCCUUUAUCAUCACAGUGAACUCCUUCGGGACAGAUCUCAGCGGUGCAGACAGGAGCGCGUUAUAUCCAUCUUGUGGAAGACUUUACCCUGAGGGGCUGCGACUGCUGGCGAAGGCUGAAGACCACGAGCAAGUCAAAGCUGUGGCCAACUGUUACCCAGAGUAUAAAAUCAUUUUUGAGGACCCUGAGCCAGGAUCCGACUUCAAGACUCUGGAGGACAGAUUCUUUGAACGAGAGGUGAAACUGAACACACUCGCUUUUCUGCAGCAGUUCCACUUCGGAGUGUUUUACUCCUACAUCAAACUGAAGGAGCAGGAGAGUCGCAACAUCAUCUGGAUCUCUGAGUGCGUCACACAGAGACAGAAGUCCAAGAUAGACAACUACAUACCCAUCUUCCCAGGAACAAAUUAACUGAGCAAUAAAGAGAAAUACAUAUAUUUAACACACAGUUGUAAGAGAGCAUACAAAGAGGUAAUAAAUGCACUUAAUCAAAAA